AUGAAUGCAAAAACGUCAACUCAAAUUACAAUUUUAGAAAUUGACAGUAAAAUAAGUUGUUAUAAUGUACAUAAUAAGUCUAAUGAAAAUGAUGAAGUUUUAAAAAUGUUUAACGAGGUUAAAGUAAAAUUAGAAGAAUUUAAUAAUAAUCUUGAUUUUAAUGACUCUAUGAAGAAUUAA